GUCUCGAGCGGUUUCCGACGCCAUUUCAUAAACUGUGAAGAUAACAACUGAACAAAACCACUGUGGAUUGUGCCAUCGAGUAUUACAAGGGCGAAUUUUAAUCAUUUUUAGUCUUAAGCUCCUGUUUUUGAGGCAGCUAUUUUGAGCCACGACACUAAACAGUGACAGGCAGACGACCCCGCAGAAUCACAGAUACUAUGGAUCUCUCUCCCACCAGCAGCGCCCUGAUGGCCAGCAACGUGACCAACAAGACGGACCCGCGCUCGCUCAACUCGCGGGUCUUCAUCGGCAACCUCAACACCAUGCUGGUGACCAAGGCCGACGUGGAGGCCAUCUUCGCCAAGUAUGGCAAGAUCGUGGGCUGCUCCGUGCACAAGGGCUACGCCUUUGUGCAGUACGCCAAUGAGCGGAAUGCCCGUCAAGCCGUGGGCAGCGAAGAUGGCCGAAUGAUCGUCGGACAGGUGCUGGAUAUUAAUCUGGCAGGUGAACCAAAACCACACCGAUCGAAGACCAUCAAGCGCUCAGCUGGGGACAUGUACAGAGCCCCCGGGGAGAUGACUGAAUAUCGAUCGGAACAGUGGAAUUCCCCUUCAAGUUCACAAUGCUCCUCGUUUGAUCUUGACUAUGACUUCCAGAGGGAUUACUAUGACAGGAUGUACUCGUAUCCAUCCCGUGUGCCCCCGCCACCCCCUCCCCCCCUCUCGCGGGCGGUCAUCCCUUCCAAGAGGCCACGGGUCAGCCUGAGUGGGGGCGGCAGCCGGCGCACCAAGAGCAGCUUCUCUUCCAAGAGCAGCCAGCGCACAUCCAGGAACAGUAUGCAGUGCACUUCUUCACCACACUUAACAUCCAGGAACAUGCGAGUGGACGACCUGCAGACCAUCAAGAAGGAGCUGACGCAGAUCAAGCACAAGGUGGACUACCUGCUGGAGAGCCUGGAGCGCAUGGAGAGAGACCACAGCAAGAAGUCAGAGGGGAAGAGCACCAAGGAGGAGACCUCGUCUCUUCAGCACUCCACCCUGAAGAAGGAGCGCGACACCCCUGAGAUGAAUGACUACGAGGAGGAGGGAGACUUACUGGAGGAGGAGGAGAUCAAGAGUCGGGGGAGAGAAGAGGACGAUGAGGAGGAAGAGGAGGGGGAACAGGAGGAAGGAGAAGAUGAUGGAGACAGUGCCAGUGGAGAGCACUCUUAAACACACACUCACACACACACAAACACAGAUACCUACACAUAUAUACACACACUUAAACAUAUUACCUUGUAUAUAUGGCUGAAAUACAAAUACCCAGGCAUGCACGCCAACACAUCAACCUUUAAAACUAAGCAGACAACAUAACUCGACUCACUCACUCACAUAGCAUAGUGGUCUGCUUGCCAUUGGUACAGCUCCAGAUUGUGCUGCUAAUCACGACAUGUUUUGAAGGCAGCGCCUGAAGCGGGCUUACUUUUGGGAGGGAACGGUGUAAAUACACACACACAAUCACACAGUGACACAGAAGACUCUUCUGACCGCGGUCCACAUCUUUGUCUGUAUCCCAUUCGAUUCUGUUUUCUUUUUUGAAGGUAACAUUUCUGUUUGUUUAAUUGUUUGUUGAUGCUAGCACUCUAAGUUGCUCGGUGAGUUGAUGUCUUUAGGGGAAUUCUGGUUGGACUGGAAGAGCUCUGCGAGGAGGUUUCACACAUACCGUGUUCAGAGAAUUGACGUUGCACAUUCGCUUGGCGCCCUAUAGGGGGCAGUGUGAUCUUGAAUUUCACCCUGUGAAAAACCAUUCUGCUCAUGGUUGCGAGGAGAAUUUCUUUUGAAUGUGAAUGUGAAUGUGAGUGUGUGUGUGUGUGCGUGCAAGUGUGUUUGGCUGGCUGAGGAGUAAAUAACUGCGAUUUGAAAUUAGAGACAUUUAGAAAGGAAAGAAUAUGAGCCUCCUGGCUGUACAGAUUCUGUCUCAUUCUGGCAUGGUAUGGUCACACUAAGACACAACUGAGACCUCUAAGAGGAGUGACGAGGCUUGUGGCAUUGACAUUGCAGUGUUUCUCUUGCCGUUAUGUUUUUACAUGGUUUGUCUCUGUGUUUUGGGACUGUAUGUUGAAUUUAAAUAUUAAAAAAAAAAACAGAAAACAAAAUGCUGAAAUGUUUAUAGAAUUGUUUGUGAAAUUACAUUGAUUAUUAUUUAUUUAUUACAUACUAUUUGGGAUUUUAGGGUAUGUGAAGGGUGUUUAGCUUCCGACCAAGUGCAGUGCAAAAUAAAAAUAAAAAAACCUGAAAUGUAGGUUGACAAAAAAG